CUAUAGUGAAAGCACAACUCAAAGUCACCAAGAGAAUUAAACAAACACACAAAGAUGCUUGAGGCCGGUUCAAUAUGGGGUUUCACCGGCACGACCAUGGCGAGUCUUAUGUUCUUCUGGUCAAUGUACAGACAGUUUGUGCCGUACCAAAUCAGAGACUACUUGGAGAAAUGUUUUUACAAGAUGAUUGGUUUGGUCUCAAACUCUGUUCACAUCAGAUUUACUGAAUAUACAGAAGAUAAAGGUCUCAAGAAAAGCCAAGCUUAUGACUCCAUCCGCAACUACUUGUCCUCGAAAUCGACCGCUCGUGCACAAAGGUUAAAGGCCAAUGAAUCCAAAAACAGCAAGUCGUUGGUGCUUAGUUUGGAUGAUCAUGAAGCAGUUGAAGAUGUGUUCCAAGGUGUGAAGGUGGUAUGGUCUUUGAGUGUGAGGAAGAGUGAUAAUGAAUCUAAUUCGACCGAGAAAAGGUACUUGACUCUAAGUUUCCACAACCGGGAUAGAGAUAUGAUCACAACGACUUAUCUUGAUCAUGUUAUGAGAGUAGGGAAAGAGAUUGGGUUAAAGAACAGAGAGAGGAAGCUUUACACUAAUAAUUCAAGUCAAGAUUAUUCCUCUUGGAGGGAAGGAAGAUGGAGCAACGUUCCUUUUGAACAUCCUGCUACGUUCGAGACUUUGGCUAUGGAUCUUGAAAAGAAAGAUGAGAUCAAGAAGGAUUUGAUAAAGUUUACUAAAGGGAAAGAUUACUAUAUGAAGGUUGGGAAGCCAUGGAAACGAGGUUAUCUCUUGUUUGGACCGCCCGGGACAGGGAAAUCUACGAUGAUAGCUGCAAUAGCGAACUUCUUGGAGUAUGAUGUAUAUGAUCUUGAGCUCACUACGGUGAAGGAUAACUCGGAGUUGAAGAAGCUAAUGUUGGACACAAAAGGGAAGUCUAUUGUUGUGAUUGAAGAUAUCGAUUGUUCGCUUGAUCUUACGGGCCAAAGAAAGAAGAAGAAGGAGGAAGAUGAGGAUGAAGAAGAUGAAGAAAAGAAGAAGGAAGCUGAGAAGUUGUUGAAGAGAGAAAGAAGUGAGAGGGAGAGUAAGGUUACUUUGUCAGGUUUAUUAAACGCCAUUGAUGGGUUAUGGUCAGCUUGUAGUGGAGAGAAGAUCAUAGUGUUUACAACCAACUUUGUUGAUAAUCUUGAUCCAGCAUUGAUACGUAGAGGAAGAAUGGACAACCACAUUGAGAUGUCUUAUUGUAGAUUUGAAGCAUUCAAGGUUUUGGCUAAGAACUACUUGGAGAUUGAGUCACAUAACUUGUAUGGAGAAAUUGAGCGGUUGUUGGAGGAAACCGACAUGUCUCCAGCUGAUGUCGCUGAGAAUUUGAUGCCAAAAUCUGAUGAAGACGAUGCAUAUGUUUGUCUUAAGCGUUUGGUUAAGUCUUUGGAGGAGGAGAAGGAGAAAGCCAAGAAGUUGGCCGAGGAAGAAAAGAAGAAGAAGGCAGAGAGAGAUGAGAGGAGGAAGAAGAAGAAAAAAACAGAGGAAGAACAAAAGAAAAAUAAGGAAAUAGAGGAAACUGGCUAUGUUGCUCAAGAUAGUGUUAAGAAAGAUUGAAGCAUAGUUCAUGAGUCUUUAAUUUAGGUUGUGUUUUGAACGUUUAGUAUGGUGUUGUCAACUAAGUUUAAAAGGAAACUAAAUAAAUUUCUAUGUGUAAUCUAUAUCUUUAGCCAAAACCAAAUCAGCUCGUAAUGUUCCAAUGAUCUCUACACUCUUUGCGGCUUAACAGUACACUAUGUGCAUACU